AUGGUUGUCCUCAACUUCACCCUGACGCCCGAGGCAGCGUCUAAGGUUCACGAUCUACUUGUUUGCCUCGGCAAGUUCAGCGAGACUGUAGCCAUUGAAGCGCGUCGCGAAAAGUUCACGUUUACCGCUCUCAACUCUUCCAAAUCCGCAUACGCCGCCAUAACAUUAGACGGUCGACAAUUUUUCGCCAGCUAUGAAUGUGUGCCGACUUAUGGCGGUCCUGACGGCCGCUUCACGUGCAGUAUGUACACCAAAGCGCUCUUGUCGGUCUUCAAAAGUCGCUUGUACGACCCGCUAGGGCGUGAUGGUGCGAUCGAUCGCUGUGAAGUCAGCGUGCAAGAGCGAGAAACUGAGGCGCAAUGUCGAUUCAUCGUCAAGAUGAUCUGCAACCAGGGCGUCAUCAAGACCUACAAGCUCACAUAUGAAGCCGUGGACGUCAUGCAUGCACUGUUCGAUCGCAACGCGGCGAAAAACAGGUGGAGCAUGCACUCCGGGGCUAUGAAGGAGUACGCUGAAUAUUUUGGUACCAAGACCGAAAUGCUCGAUAUCUUUGCGAGUGAAGACGGACGCUGCGUAUUUAAGAGCUACACAGAAAAGAUCUCGAACGGGAAGGAAAUCCUGAAGCAUCCACUUGUCACAGCCGUCGCAGUCAAUACUUCCGACUUCGAGGAAUUUACUGUGCAGGCGGGUAUGCACAUCAUCAUCAACGUCAAGGAUUUCAAGGCAAUAGUCGUCCAUGCAGACACAAUGAAGACAAGCUUAAAGGCCUUUUACUCCCAGCCAGCGCGACCACUCCAGUUCAGCUAUGGAAGCGAUGGGCUGCUCUGCGAGUUUACGCUAAUGACUUCUGGCAACCACACCGCCGCUCCAUCUGCGCCAACACCUGCGACGCACGCAAUGAGCAGCAGACAAACCUCUCGCACGACCUCAACCACAGCUGCGGAGCGUGGACAUAGUCGCAGCUUCCGAUCUAAUAUGCCACCGCCUGUGCAACCAGCAUCGCGACGCGAUGCCUCUGGCCGAGUGCGGAAUCCAGGAUCUCGUCAAGUCUCGGCACUGCAAGCACAACCUGUCCGUGACGAUUCGGAAAGCCUCUUCGUACCGGAGGAUGAGGACGCAGCCUGGGCGCCGGUAGACUAUGAUAAGGAAGAGACUCUGGGAUGGGACGCGAAUGCCAACAACGAUGCUGCAGCUUUUCCAACAUUCACGGACAGUGGUGGUGUGUCGAAGACGAACAAGGCGGACAGCAAUGAAGUGUUUGAGCCUACGCAACGUGUAUCGCAGAUCAAAGGACUGUGGUAG